AUGGCUGCCCCCAAGAACAAUCUUGAAGAAUUAAUGCGGCAGCGUAAUGGUGGCGGUUCCGCAAUAGUUGCACCUACCGGACUUUCUUCUGGGAGUUCAUCAAAGUCAUUUAAAUUCAAGCCAUCAGGUAGCAGUAGCAACGCCACAUUCAACUCUGGUGUGCAUGCGGCUACUUCAAUUGCUGAGCCCAAAGGACUGAAGAAGUCAAACUCGGAAGGACCUUCGAGAGUGACUGCUAGUGCGCUUGCAUCAGCAAUAGCAAGAGGAAUACCUUCCGGGUCGGCUUUAGCCUCUACUCAUUCCAAUUCCUCAUUAGCUACGGGAGGAAAGCGUUAUUCAUCGGAACACGAGCCAUUCAAUCCUUCAGGAUCAUCUCCAAAGCGCCCAAAAUUAGGAGAUGGGGGUGAACAGUCAAGCGGUACAGUGGUUUCAAUGGAGGACCUGGACGAGAUCGAUCCUGGACUUGCAAUCGAUACCAAUGACGACGAAGACGAGGCUAUCUGGAAUGAGAUCCAUGCUUCCUCAUCCGCUCCUGCAGCUGUGUCUGCUCCAGCCCCCAAGGCCUCAUCCCGGCAAAGUUCUACUGGUUUAUCUGGCUUGGGUUGGCAGGCUGUAUCGCGAAACCCGAUACCGAUUAACAAAGGUCAAUUACCUGGCUCUGCUUCAGUUCCUCAUCGUUUGCUUUCCAGCCAGCCUUCCAGUCGAGCAGGAACGCCCCAAACUGCUCAGUCGUCGUUUGCUCCCCCUGUUCCCCCACCUCCUGGGGUUCCCACUGAUCUUCAAAAUAUGUCCGCCUUGGAUCUCCAGCAGCGAUUGCUGAUACCUAAUUACAAGAAGCUAAUCGAAACUAUGUCCCAGAUUAUCGACGACCCCGACCAAGAUCGUUUCAUUCUGGAUAGUACCAGGCAGCUCCUGACUAGUCGUAUAAGUGGUAUCGAGGCAGCCAUAGCGUGGAGAUCGUCUUUUGAACCCCCUUCAAUGAGUACAUUGAGCCUGGAAGCUGGGUGGGACGAAAAAAACACCUCCCGCGAGGGGUCCAGGUUCGAUUCUAGGGAAAAUCGUACUGCGAAAAGCCCGGAGAUAGAGGUCUUUGACCUGGAGAGUGACGAUUCAGAUGUAGUGCAGGUUUAUAGUGCAGGACCGCCCAAGGUCCCGCCUCCAGCCAUCUUGCGUUCGUCAGAUAGCGGUUCGAACUCCUAUGCAGCCAAGCCCUUCGCUCCAAAGCUAAGUGGAAUCGAAGCAAUGCCUAUCCCGAGCAGGUCUGGGUCAAACUCUAAGGCAAGCUUAGAUAAAGAGUCCAAUGAAGAGCCCAAGAGCGUGAAUGCAUCAGCUGUUUCUUCUACCAAUGUUGCCACUACUUCUAGGCACUUUGCUCCGCUCGUUCCGAUGGAUACCAACCAAGAUACGUUUGAUACAUUGGACCCAGAACUGAAUGUUCCUACUCAGGUCGAGGAGGAACAGUCCACAUCUAUCUACAAGGAUGAAAUUAUGGCCAAGUUAAAGAGCGUCUUUGGGCUAGAAAGCUUUCGUACCAAUCAGGCCCCAGCAGUGGAUGCAACUAUGUCCGGACAAGAUGUUUUCGUACUCAUGCCGACAGGAGGGGGCAAGAGUCUGUGUUAUCAACUUCCAGCCGUGUGCACCACCGGGAGGACUAGAGGUGUGACGUUUGUCGUGUCGCCCCUCAAGUCGCUCAUGAUCGAUCAAGUUCGUCAACUCCGGAGCAAAGGGGUAGACGUCAUCAUGUUCAGCAGUGACCAGUCCGCUAAAGCCGCUCGCGAGGCCCGUAAUCGCCUUGUCGCCAGAGGGCCGAAGCCGUCUUUGGCGUAUGUCACACCUGAAAAGCUCGAGAGGAGCGGGGACAUGAGGAGUAUCCUAGAUAAAUUAAUGCGAAGCGGGGAGCUAGCGAGGUUCGUUAUUGACGAAGCUCAUUGCGUUUCUACCUGGGGACGAGAUUUCCGGGAAGCGUAUCAAGGUCUCGGAUUCCUGCGUCAGAGCUACCCGGGUAUUCCGAUUAUGGCCCUGACUGCGACCGCUAAUGCCAAGGUUCGGCGAGACGUAAUGAACAAACUCGGGAUUGCCGACUGUGUGGAACUUGUUCAAUCAUUUAACCGACCCAACCUACAUUACGAAGUCCGCAAGAAAGGCAAAGGCGUUGUCGCGGAUAUUGCGAAUUACAUUCGCGCGCAUUAUCACGAAAAAAGUGGCGUGAUCUAUUGUUUGAGUCGCGCUAAAUGCGAGGAUGUUGCGAACGAGCUACGAGAGAAACACGGCAUUAGUGCUAGACACUAUCACGCAGCAAUGACAGUCAGUGAUAAAACUGAAACGCAAGCUGCAUGGAUAUCUGGGGAGUGUAAUGUGAUUGUCGCGACAAUUGCCUUUGGCAUGGGAAUUGACAAGCCAGACGUCCGCUUUGUUAUUCAUCAUCAAAUCCCGAUGUCGCUAUCUGGCUACUACCAGGAAACGGGCCGUGCGGGUCGCGAUGGCAAGCCCGCCCAAUGCGUACUCUACUACUGUUACGCGGACAAAAACAGCAUGGAACGAAUGAUUGAACAGGGUGGUAAAGAUGGAAAGCCUCUUUCAUUUGAGGAACAGCAACGCCAGAAGGAUGAUAUUCGACAAGUCAUACAGUAUUGUCAAAACACUAUGGAUUGCCGGCGGAGCCAAGUCCUUGCAUAUUUCAGUGAACAAUUCGACCCACGCCAUUGCCUCAAGACAUGCGACAACUGUGUUAAUAGCGAAGGGAUGAGAAACGAAGACAUGACCGAAGUCGCACAGAUGGCCCUCGAAUUUGUUGAGAGUGUUGCGAGCUCUCGCCCAACCAUGAUCCAGACAAUCGACGCAUUCAAGGGGUCUAAAGCCAAGACUUUUCGGGACAAAGGAUGGGAUCGUUCACCCAUGUUCGGGAAGGGUACAGACCUCUCGCGCGAGACAGCAGAACGUCUAUUCCAACAUUUGGUGGCUGCAGACGCAUUGAGGGAAGAGCUGUACCAAAAUAGGGCGGGCUACAGCAAUUCGUAUUUGGUGAUAGGGGACUGUGCUGAUGAUUAUAUGAGCGGCCGCAAGAGAUUCAUGCUUUCUGUUCCCUCAACCGAAAAGGCCAAAGGCAAGCAAACAAAUGAAGCUAUGGCAUCAGCUCCCAACAAGUACCAGCCCCUUGCUACGACACGGCAUACAGUUACUCGCAAGUCAUCUACCACUUCCGUAUCUCGUCAGACAAAAAAGAUACAGUCUAUAAAUCGCACAGAAGACAUCGACUGCUUCGGCUUCGUCGGCGACGGUGCUGAGAAGACGUCGAAAGUAGCAUCUGGAUCACGGAUAGUAGACGACAUCGAAAACAUGGACGAUUAUGCGGUUCCUUCCAACUUCUUUGACGAUCCUGACACAAUAGAAACUCAGGAAGAGGAUAUAUCAAUGAGCAAUUCCACUGGCCCAAUCGCUCUGAGACCUGCUCAGAUAUUGGCUUCAGACUCCGAUAUUGAGGAUUAUACGGCUGGCGCUGGGGAUUUCACCAUGCGAUUCAGGAAUCUGAAAAGGCUUCGUGAAAAACUCGCGAAGCAAUUCAAACUCCAAGACCAGGACGAUGUUGUUCAAGAAGAAGUAUUGCAGGAAUUAGCGUUACUAGAGUGUAAUAGCGAAGAAGAGUUUAAACAGUCAUUCCGUUCCGCUUUGGGGUCCGACGUCGACUUUGAUGAAAAGUCCAAAUCACUAAAUGUUGAAAAGUUCAAAUUAUUUGGCAAGCCGCUUAUGAAACUAUGCCUCAAAGUCACCGAAUCGCCCCAAGUCAAAACUCCCAAUAUUACAGAACUUCACAAUCAGUAUGGUUUCAAAGGUAGCCCGAAACGGCCGGGAGGGUUCAAGCCAGCGCCAUCCAGAACGACCUCCCGAAAAUUUUAG